AUUUCUAACUCUCGAGGUGAAGGUCGUAUAAAGCGGGAGUUUUCAAGAUGGCGUCAAAAAGAUCAUUGUAUCAGCCAGCACAGCAAGAUACUGUUGGACACGGUUUUAACAGGAAACCACUCACACAGGGAAGACUUAUAUCCCAGUCUGACUCUGCAUUAGGAGCUGAGAUUUCACAAACUGAAAGCCCAUCACAGAGGUUAUAUAAGCCAGGCACAGAUGGAAGUUACAAAGUGAGCUAUGAUGGAAGCAGUACAGGAGAUCUUUCUCCCAGACAGAAGUUGAGUAGCCAUAAGAAAGUCCAUUCUGACCACCAAGUAGAGGAUGUGUUAUCUAGCCCAAGAAGAGCUCAACCAAAUCAAACAGAACACCAUUCUCCGAAACGUGUCACACCAUCCAGACUAUUAGAAUUAUCAGACAGUGAUGAUGAAGUGGCAUUUAAAACAAGAAGAUCUCCUCGUGUAAUGCAGCACAUCAAGCACAGUCCAGCGCCAAAUGUUCUGGUAGUGGACGCGUCCAGACAGACCAGACAGCCUCUGGACACAGAAGUGGACAUCCACCUGGGGUUUGAACACUCCCCUGUCAAAGUGGUCUGCCACUCCCCGGGGGCUGUACAUUCUGACCUCAGGAACACAGGGGACACUGCAGCAGCCAGGAGGGUACAGGUGGACCAGGUCCCCUCUGUGAACAUAUUGUCUGGGAACACAGAUAUCCCACAGUCAGACCAGGAGAGACCAGGACACCGGUUUAAGUCUCCUAUGGUCAUCAGAGAGGCUGCAGUGGCAGGUGGCAAGAUUGACCAUCAUUCUGCAGUGGAGACAGUGGAUACAACCGACCACUUGACCAGGCCAAUGAGGGAGGACCUUCAGUACCAAACUUACAAGCAACCCAGAGUAAUUAUAGGAGAUAGUGGAAUACCAGGAGUGGAGCCCUUCCCUCAGAGUGACACUGCCUCUGUGGACGAGGUGUACCAUGAAGUAAAGCCUAAGUUGAAGGGUUCAGUGGUAGAGCCAUCAGCAAAGAAGGAAAAGAAAAAACAGUCAAAAGAGAGAAUUGUACCCUCCAGAUACAUGCAGAGUGGGACAUCAUCCAGACACAGAGGACAGUCAUUGGUUGGUAAGAGUGGAGCAAGGAGUAGUGCCACAGAAACAAAGAAGACACAUAAAAGACCAGUUGUCACCAAGAAACGUACAGCCCCAGACUUCAGCACCACUCCCAUGGUGAGAGGGGUGUCCAAGAUGGCCUCCACCCCUGCGGUUGACACAUCCUCUUACCCUCAACCAGGACCCAUUGAUGUCUCUGCCAUUGCAGCAGAUCUCCCACACCUGAGCAUGGCAGGACCUCCAAGCAAACCUACUGCCGCAGUCUCAGUCCAAAGACCUCCGAGUAAAACUUUAUCUAGGACAAAACAUAAACAGCCAAAGAAUGUGUCAGUGAAGGAAGAUUCAACUCGGGAAAUGAGUUCACAGCAUUUAUCGUCAGCUUCUGUUGCUACCCAGGAUUCUGCCUACUCAUCACACUCUCAGUCUCACACGACAAAGAAGAAGUCUUCCCCUUCUCGAAUCACUCAGGAAUCUCUGGACCUUCAGUAUGCCAGGUAUUUACAGUGGGUGUUCCUGGAAACUAAAGCAAAGAAGGAAUUUCACGAACAGGAGAAGCAAGUCGUGGCACAGUUGUAUGGUUUGUGGGAAGAAAACCAAAGGCUGCUACAGAAAAAGGCAGAAGUGGAGCAGACAUAUGAACAGCUGAAGCAUGCAAAUAAACUGGAUGAAUUGCUCGAAUUGCAGAAGGCUGGUUUAGGUCCAGUAGCAGCUAACCUGCCUGGCCUGAGGCAGCAGUACAGUACUCUGGCCCAGGCUCUGGACACCACACGGCACCAGAUACUGUGUAGAGGAGUACAUAUCCCAGAGAAUGAGGAGGACUUCCAAGAAGCUAUGUUAUCAGCACUAGCAGAGAGCGAGCAGCUUCUUGGGGAACUUAGUGUAAUGACGCGGCAAGAGCAGCCUAAAGUGACCUCUUUUGCUAAUGCGAUCCAAGCUUUAGAGAAAGCAGUUGAUGAAGAGAGUAAAGAACUCAAAAGGUGUCAGGAAAUGCAGGCAGCUGUACAGACUUUAGCCACUCAAGAAAGCUCCCUGAAAAUACAGGCCGUUCAGAUCAGAGACGAGGAAUGAGAAAUGAAUGACUUAAGCCACUCUUGAAAGCUCCCUGAAAAUACAGGCCGUUUAGAUCAGAGAUGAGGAAUGAGAAAUUAACAUCACCCGCAAAUUUCAUUGACUGUAGACAGCUACUUGACUUAUAUUUUAACUUGUCUAAAGGGAAGGAAUUACCGUUACUUCAAUGUUUUGUCUAAAUGUAUUUCUUGCAAGAAGACAUCAACUGUCCACUUUGACUCAGAAAACAGCCCAGAUGUUGAGCCCCCCCCCCCCUCCCCUCGUUCCCGUUAUAAACCAGUAUAACUGGAAGCCAGAACUAUUUCCUCAGCAUCUUCACUUACAUUGUUUUCUGACAAAAUAGAAUACCUUAGCCCCCUAGUUCAUAGGCAAUUGCAAAUUUGACUACAAAGUCUGUUACAUUAUAUCAAAAUAUGUAUUUAUUUCACUGACAUCUGUGGACUAUGUACAGAGACCAUAUUACUGACAAUAUAUUGUAUACACUGAAGUAUUCACACAGCUAUAAAAUACAGAUAUGGAAGAACAUAUAUAGGUAAUGCUUUCAAGUAAAAUAGCACAGAUUAUUUUCAUUUCAAA